AUGGACAUCGUUCCCCCCAUCUCGAUUAUCCGCGAACGGGGCGCAGGGAACGGUGUCAAUCCAACGCCAGCCGCCAGCUAUGUGGCUACGGCUGCGUCGUGGAACGGAAAGCACUUCGAGUGCUACCUUUGCCACCGCGGCUUCGCACGCCUCGACUCUCUGAAUGCGCACUUGAACUCGGCCGCUCACGAUGAGAACGAGUUUAAGUGUCCGAAUACCAAGUGUAAGAAAUCGUUCACUCUGAUCUCGGGAUUCGUCCAGCAUUUGGAGAGUCGAUCGUGCGGACUCGCCAACAUCAAAGAAAUACAGGCUAGGUUUGAUGAUUUAGCUGCACAGUUUGACCAUAUGCUUGCGUUAACAACUCGAAUGCAACCAUGUGUUUCCUCAAAAGGCACGAAUUAUUCUGCGAAACGCGCUCCAGGAUACUGUCGUGCGUCCGGGUGUUCGGGGCUUAACGCAGCGCCUCGCGGCCAACUCCACGCCAUCACCGGCUGCGGAGAUAUCCGAAACCUUAUCAGCGAAAACUGCACAGGCCUACUGCAAUCGUCUUGGUCAUCGUCCUCCACGACAUCCUCAUCGUCAAGCAAAAUGGGAAAAGUUCACGGAUCUCUCGCCCGUGCCGGUAAAGUCAAGUCGCAAACCCCCAAGGUUGAGCCCCAGGAGAAGAAAAAGACUCCCAAGGGACGUGCUAAGAAGAGGCUCCUCUACAACCGACGAUUCGUCAAUGUCACCACGCUACCGGGCGGCAAGCGAAGAAUGAACCCCAACCCCGAGAAGUAAACGCACCAACUAGAUCUCAGUGGACGCCCAUUUCCCAGCUGCUGUUUGGUGGGGACAAAAGAGAUACACGACCCUGGGCAGGACGUUGUAGCAUUACCUACUUUUUUGGGGGUGGUCAUAUCAUCUUUCGGUUUCCUUCGCAUCUCUUCGACAACACGCAUCUCGUCUAUGCCCGCCUUAUGAUUAAUGCAGAUAUGAUUAAGCCCA